AAUUGUAUCCUGUCUUGGUUCAAUCAUCUGAACGUGAAGCAUGGCACAGCUACUGCUGCUGUGGGUUGUGAUUUUCCUGGCCUCAUCUGUCCCUAAUAUCGAGUCCUCGGAGUACAACCCAUUUCCUGGCAUCACCGACGAGAAGUUCAUCGACGACUGUGUGAGGAUACACAACGACAACCGGUCCUCUGUGAAUCCACCAGCCAGCAAUAUGCUCUACAUGGUAAGCAGAGGCAAUGAGAGCAUGCAACACUGUGGAUUCUCACCUUAAAAACUCAGCAAUACCAUAAUAUAGCCAAGACUGGUUCCAUGUAAAUAAUUCAGAAUUGUCAUGUUUUUGCAGUUGGAAAAGAAGUGACAAUUGAGAAUAUGCAAUACAUGAAUAGUGCUUCAAUGCUUCCCAGAGCAACAACAAUGCUUAUAAACAUUGCCUUGUGAGCAGGCUAUUGUUGAAUAAGACAGGGUUCUACACUGUCCUUUUUUACAAGGAGCACGUGGACGCCUAAGUUGAAAAAUGUAGGCGCACACAAAGAAAUGUAAGACCACAAUGAAACAUUUGAGGUAAGGUAAUAAAGCUAGAAUCCUUAACUUUAUCGAGGCGCACUGGUGCUCCUAAAUUAAAAUUCCAGGUCGCACAGCAAAAAUAUGUAGGCGCAUAGGCAAUUAAAAUGGUCGUACUGUAGAGCCCUGUAAGACGAUGUUAGAAUGAAAGUAGGACAGGCCACUCAGAUCCAUAGAGGCGUGUAAUCAGUUUCACAUCAUAGAUACUGUCAUUUUUUAGACACCCACUAAUUUGGUUGUAAUUUGUUUUCUCAAGACGUGGGAUGAGGGCUUGGCCAUCACUGCAAGGGCCUGGGCGAGACACUGUGAUUUCCAGCACAAUAUCUACCUGAAAGAGGUCAGACGGGUCCACCCUGUCUUCUCCUCUGUGGGAGAGAACAUCUGGACAGGAUACCCGACCUCCACGUUCUCUGUCAUGAGAGCCAUGGAUUUAUGGGUCAAAUAAGUGAAAGAUUACUCAUACCAAAGCAAUGAGUGUACACCAGGAAGAAUGUGUGGCAACUACACACAGGUACGUGUCCUCUACUGUAAAACCAUCAAAACCACAAAAUGCAAUUUGAGCGUUGGACCAGUAACCAAAAGGUUGCUAGUUCAAAUCCCCGAGCCAACUAGGUGAAAAAUCUAUCGAUCUGUCCUUGAGCAAGACACUUACAGUGGGGGAAAAAAGUAUUUAAUCAGCCACCAAUUGUGCAAGUUCUCCCACUUAAAAAGAUGAGAGAGGCCUGUAAUUUUCAUCAUAGGUACACGUCAACUAUGACAGACAAAAUGAGAAAAGGAAAUCCAGAAAAUCACAUUGUAGGAUUUUUAAUGAAUUUAUUUGCAAAUUAUGGUGGAAAAGUAUUUGUUCAAUAACAAAAGUUUCUCAAUACUUUGUUAUAUACCCUUUGUUGGCAAUGACACAGGUCAAACGUUUUCUGUAAGUCUUCACAAGGUUUUCACACACUGUUGCUGGUAUUUUGGCCCAUUCCUCCAUGCAGAUCUCCUCUAGAGCAGUGAUGUUUUGGCGCUGUCGCUGGGCAACACAGACUUUCAACUCCCUCCAAAGAUUUUCUAUGGGGUUGAGAUCUGGAGACUGGCUAGGCCACUCCAGGACCUUGAAAUGCUUCUUACGAAGCCACUCCUUCGUUGCCUGGGCGGUGUGUUUGGGAUCAUUGUCAUGCUGAAAGACCCAGCCACGUUUCAUCUUCAAUGCCCUUGCUGAUGGAAGGAGGUUUUCACUCAAAAUCUCACGAUACAUGGCCCCAUUCAUUCUUUCCUUUACACGGAUCAGUCAUCCUGGUCCCUUUGCAGAAAAACAGCCCCAAAGCAUGAUGUUUCCACCCCCAUGCUUCACAGUAGGUAUGGUGUUCUUUGGAUGCAACUCAGCAUUCUUUGUCCUCCAAACACGACGAGUUGAGUUUUUACCAAAAAGUUCUAUUUUGGUUUCAUCUGACCAUAUGACAUUCUCCCAAUCCUCUUCUGGAUCAUCCAAAUGCACUCUAGCAAACUUCAGACGGGCCUGGACAUGUACUGGCUUAAGCAGGGGGACACGUCUGGCACUGCAGGAUUUGAGUCCCUGGCGGCGUAGUGUGUUACUGAUGGUAGGCUUUGUUACUUUGGUCCCAGCUCUCUGCAGGUCAUUCACUAGGUCCCCCCGUGUGGUUCUGGGAUUUUUGCUCACCGUUCUUGUGAUCAUUUUGACCCCACGGGGUGAGAUCUUGCGUGGAGCCCCAGAUCGAGGGAGAUUAUCAGUGGUCUUGUAUGUCUUCCAUGUCCUAAUAAUUGCUCCCACAGUUGAUUUCUUCAAACCAAGCUGCUUACCUAUUACAGAUUCAGUCUUCCCAGCCUGGUGCAGGUCUACAAUUUUGUUUCUGGUGUCCUUUGACAGCUCUUUGGUCUUGGCCAUAGUGGAGUUUGAAGUGUGACUGUUUGAGGUUGUGGACAGGUGUCUUUUAUACUGAUAACAAGUUCAAACAGGUGCCAUUAAUACAGAUAACGAGUGGAGGACAGAGGAGCCUCUUAAAGAAGAAGUUACAGGUCUGUGAGAGCCAGAAAUCUUGCUUGUUUGUAGGUGACCAAAUACUUAUUUUCCACCAUAAUUUGCAAUUAUAUUCAUUAAAAAUCCUACAAUGUGAUUUUCUGGAGAAAAAAAAUCUCAAUUUGUCGGUCAUAGUUGACGUGUACCUAUGAUGAAAAUUACAGGCCUCUCAUCUUUUUAAGUGGGAGAACUUGCACAAUUGGUGGCUGACUAAAUACUUUUUUCCCCCACUGUAACCCUAAUUGCCCCAGGGUCACCGUCAAUAAUGGCUGAUCCCUGGCCAUGACCCCACUCUCCAAGGGUUUCGCAGGGAGAGUGGGAUAUGCAAAAAAUACAUUUACAUUUCACACCACACAGGUUGCACAAUUGUACAUGUGUGAAACAGGACAAAUAUAAGACCCCCUAUUUGACCUAUUGUAAAAACAGUGCCGACUGCAUGCUUGCUUGCAUUCCCAGGUUGUAUGGGCGACGAGCUACAAGGUUGGUUGCGCCGUCCAAAUAUGCCCGAAUGGUGUCGACAGGACUUCGUUUUCUAAUAAAGAGGGAGCCAUUUUUGCUUGUAACUAUGCCUAAGCGUAAGUCAGACUGAAAACACAGAUAUACAUUCCACCCAAAAACUAUCUUUGGGUAUUUGUUUCAUUAGUCCAUUGUAUAUAUAGUCCCAAAAUAUUUUGCAUGUCAGCAAAUUAAAGAUAUAACUUUCAAAAUACAGAAAUACAGCCAGUAUGACACAUUUGCAUCAUAUGAUUUUGCCUUUGCAUCACAAUGAUGCAAAAUGAAUCAUUUCUGGAACACUUGAGGAUCUUUGAAAGGUUAUUGGCAAUUAUGCAACCCUGCACAAAGUCUAAGAUGCUCUGAUUAUAGAAAUAUGGACAAAUCUUGGACAAAUUAAAAGGAUGAGCAUUGCUUUCUCCAGGGGAAACGUGGUUGGGAUUUUACCAUACCAGAAUGGGAUGGAAGAAUGCAGCUCUUGUGAGGGUGCAAACAACCAAUGCCAGGCCAAGCUCUGCCGUAAGUCUCAGUCAGUUACCAUUUCCCACACCCAAUAUACUAAUAAGAUGCAGGACAAACGUGUGUGAUGGUCUGAAUGUGAAGUUAAACAUAUUCCUUCACAACACCACCAAUACUCUUUCCCUUGUACAUGCUACAUGUUCAACAUAUUCAACAACGCCCAAUACUAUUUUCCAUUCAUGACAUAACAAAGCUGCCAUAUUGUCUUCUCUCUUUACAGACAAUCCAAAACGAGACGAACAGAAAAGUAUGUUUUCAAUACGCAACCCUUCAUUUCAAUUAUCUUCCUAAGCCACAAUGGCAGCAUGUGUUCUUUGUGACCUACAGUAGCCUUUUCUUUUCUCACCUGUGUACAGGUUACAGAUGGACUCCCGACUGGGACCCCGCCCUGGCCACCUGGGACCCCACCCUGGCCACCUGGGUCCCCACCCUGGCCACCUGUGGCCCCUCCUGCAUGGCCAUAUUGGCCAUCCGACCCCUGGCCCUUCUCCUCACCUUUGUCGCCGCAUUUGGAGUACACAGAUUGUACCCAAGCUUAUUUUUUUACGAAUAGCUCAGCUGUUUAGAGGAUUGAUUGUCCUGCAUUGACGUUGUCAUUGAUGGCAUUCCUUUCUCAAUGUGGUCCUGUCUUUUUAAAAUUGCCGCAGAGCCUCAAACCAAAUUCCCAUUGUGGUACAAUAAAGUGAACUACUACUAAUACUAAAA